AUGCGCGCCAAUGAGAAAAUCAAAUUGGUUGGAGCUAAAGUUGUAUUAGUACCGUAUGAGCAGCAUCACGUUAAAAAGUACCAUGAUUGGUUAGAAGAUCCUGAAUUGCGGAGGGUGACAGGCUCAGAACGGCUCACUUUGGAAGAGGAGUACAGGAUGCAGAAAAGCUGGAGGGAAGACGAAGACAAGUGUACAUUUAUUCUGCUCAGUAGGAAGCUUCUUGAUGGUGGAUCAGAUGAGGUAAGCUCAAUGAUUGGUGACGUGAACAUAUUCCUCGCAGACGGUAUUGCAGAAUUGGAAAUUAUGGUUGCUGAAACGAGUUUUCGAGGUCAAGGUAUUGGGACUGAAGCAGCCGAAAUGAUGAUAAAGUACAGUGUAAAAUUUCUUCACAUAACGAAGUUCCAAGUAAAAAUUGUAGAAGACAACAUUAGCAGUAUAGGUCUUUUUAAGAAACUUGGAUUUGAGAUUUAUUCUUACUCUGCAGUCUUCAAGGAGCACACGCUUUUUCUAAAGGCUAAUGCAUUAGAAAAAAUUAUUUCUGGAAAGUGUUUAAAGGUUGAACUGUAUGGAAGAGGUGAUUAG